UCUGUUGUGAAUCCCAGAAGGGACAGAUAGUGCGAGCUCCCGCCGUAAGCAGACAAAUACGGCAUCAUCAUGCAGAACACUGCCUUCGCUUCUACAUAGCUGUGCUUCGGUUUAAAUUCUUCGCCUCUGUCGACAGAUGGCCGGAAGGGUGGGCGAGUCGUUAAAACAAUGGCUAGUCUGUCUCCUCCCGACCCACUUGAUAUGUCUGUUGUACACACUCAGAUACCGUAUAACCAUACCGUUAAUGUGAAAGACAUGUUUCGAAGACGUAAAACUCCUCAUUCACGGAAGGUUAACAGGACAGUUGAAAGUAAUUUAGAGCGUUGAUCUUCAGUGUUGCUUUUUGAGAUUUACUAUCCGAGUGUUUUUCUCGACUUAUCAAACAUGUUGAAAGUUCUGUGGCAGCAGUAUGACCGUGGGCGGUGUUCCCAGUGCUGACAAGUAACAAGCAAGUGAAUGCAUGCACCCUAACAACAUGUGAAGGCGCAGCUCUGAGAAAUGUUAACAGCCAUGUAAUGUGAAAAGGCCCUGCCCACUCAUAUGGCUUUCAGCCUCCUCCGGUUCUGUCAGCUGACUCUACAAUGGUGUCGCCACACUUUCGAAAUGGGGUACGACGAAGAGGAACAACACAUGCGGUUUGAAGUAGCCGGUAGUGGGCGUCCAAGUUCCUCCAGUGAGCUGAGGGACGAAAUUCCUGGGCCUGGCAGAGAGGGACGAGUGGGAAAUACCAAAGUUUGCUUCGCUCCUUUUCCAAGGGGCACACGGGGCAGAGGCCAGGCGACAGUGAGGUCCCUGAACCGUGGAACGCAAUCUAGGGACAUUCCAAGGAAUCCAGUCUACGAUGCCAUUUCUACUUCUGACCCUAGAAGAACAGGGACCGUGAUACAGGAAGUUCGAUCCAGGGAUAAUGCAGAGGAAGCAGCCAGCGAGAGACCGCUGCAGACUGCCAGUGAAAGGACGCCUUUCUACUAUGGAAGCUCACACUCACUGGGGAGCAAAGAAUUUCCUCAUCUGAACAGUGAGUUUAGAGUUCCUGACAUUGAUGGGGAAGGAUCCUCAUCAGCCAGCGCUGGAAGAUUUUUGCCACAAGAGAAAGUGAACAGUGAUGGAGCUGCUAUAAGCCUUGCACUCCCUCUCAGUUCAGCAGAGAGGGACAGACUGUCGUCAUAUCCAGAGGACGUCCAUUUGCAUGAGUUUUGCAGCAUGGGACUGCAGCAUCAACGUGGAUCUCAGUUUUUUAGAUUGGAUUUAGCUCCAGAUACUCUGGUACAGGAUGAGCCAAGAACAGUGGAGUCCAGUGCUCAAAUGUCACUCCGUACGCCCAGCACAGAUUUGACUGAACUGGAACAGAGCCUGGAGUACUGGCACCAACAACAUUCUCGACAGAAUUACAAUUGUAUGACACAUGCAGAAGAUGAACCUCACAGCACAGUUCGCUACAAUGACACAGGAAGUCUGGAGGAGGUUAACCAUGAAUAUCAAGUGGAUUAUAUUGUGCAUGGAGGUGAUGAGUCGCGAUACUUCUCCUGCGGAAAAAGUGCACAAUACCAGUAUCGACAGUUAUGGAGUCUUCGUGCCAUGCUAGCAAAGAAUGAAUAUUUGUUGAGCCAAAGUGUCCUCAAUAAAGAAACUGUUGCCUCAACUUUAAGAACAGCAGCAUCAUUCAAACGCAGUCAGUCGUCUGUUGAGAUAUAUCCAGGGAGUGCGGUAGAGGUGGCUGGAGCUGUCAGUUACAGCAGUGAAGAAAUAUCACAUACUACUCGCCGACAAAUGUAUGUCACUGCAGCCAACUCAAGAAUGGAGUGCACGGAAGUACACAGUGUUUACCAGUUUGAUAACUUGUCGUUUGAUGGCAGUAAUGAGUCAUUUGACACCAUAGAUAAUGAAGGUUAUUCUACAGACACCAGUUUCAUUGAUCAGCCUGUUGCAUACUUUCUGUCAGUGAACUUCUACUACAGCUGUUGCCGUGAACACAGUUGGCCUCAUGAACAGUACAUACUUGCUGUAGAUUAGAAGAAUUCAUAUGCAUAUAAGAAGAAAAGCAGAGGAGCCCUUGAUGUAACAAACUCCAGAUAUGCCACAUUCAUCAAGAUUCAGCCAUCUCCUUUUUUAAACAAUUUCUCUAUUUUUCUAAGGCACAUCAUAUGGUUCGUAAUUAUCACCUGUGUAGGUAGUAGGUUGUUUUAGAAGAGAAGCAGUUACAAUCUGAAAUCUCAUCCGUAUUUUGCUUCCAAAUUUAUACUGGUAAUAUUAAAGAUACUGAGGCAUAUUUUGUGGCUUCAAAAGAAACUUUGUCAGAGUGAUGUAGUAAUUCUUUUGUAGCAGACACUUGUGGACCAAUUAUAUCAUGAGAUGCCUUGACAUACUGUGGGGAUGAAUUAAAGUACAGAGACACAUACUGAAAAAGGCAGAGUAGGGGGGGACUAAAAAGAGAAAAUUGGGCAGUUAUUUCUUUAAAGUAUAUUAUCCUACCACAGUUACUGAAAAUAUUAAAAAGAAUGGCUGAAGAGUCUCAGUUCAGGGUAGAAAGUAUGAUUAAAUAUGGCGGCACUUCUACAUUCAGUGUUUCCCCCAGGCAGUGCAGCAGUUAAAUUCAGUUCAUGAACUGGGUAUUUAUCUUAAUUAAUCUGUUUAGAUAUAGAUGGUAAGUUUGUUAAACUUUAUGUUUCAGAUUUCUCAGUACUGUAGAUGUAUAGACAUGUAUUUGUUGUUUAAGGUAGAUUUCUGGAAGAUGUUUUAUUUUCGUGCUUCUGUGUGGGUGCUACAGAGAGCAGCACAUGACUAAAUUGAGAAGACUAGAGAGAGGGUAGUAUGAGUAAUGAACAAAUGCAUGUCUUCUGUGCAGUUUGGUCCAAAAUAUGUGUUAUAUUAAUUGUUUUAUUAAGUGAUAUGUGAAAUUUGUUUUUUUUGGACUUCAUCACGGAAUGUAUACCCUAUGUUAACUGUGGAUGUAACCAUUUAUGUGAAACCUUUGCAGCAUAAAUGUACUGAAUUUUCUGAUUCCUCAGUUUCGUACACAGUAUGGAAUCUUGAGUGAGGAUCCUUCCAAUACUGAGUUUGAAACCGCACUCAAUCUCCUCUUAUUUUCAUUUGCUUUUGUUUCGUUUCUAAAGGAAAUAAGUAAGUGAGAUGUGGGACUGGUCCUAUAAAAUGUGUUCAAAUACGUUAGUUUGACAGAAUUAUUCAAGAGACAUUAGUUUUCAGAUAUACUUAGGAAGUAAUAGAACUGAUCACCAGAAGUCAUUUUGCAGGAUGAUUAUCAGCUUUUUCCUUGCUUAAAUUAAAAUUUAAGGGAAAUGUUCCAAAUUAAACAAAAAAUUCCUGCAAAUAUAAAUCACUCCGUCCAAUG